UUAAUAAUACCAACGUCUCGAGUUAUCAUCACACGGGUUCUGUUGCUUUGACACUUGACUAUGCCAUUAAACACGGAAUCAUGCAAAUAAUAUAUAUGAGGUCUAUGUGGGUGAAACGUAUAUUAGUUUUAGGAUGCAUUUUAUUCCUCAGCUAUAUAUCAUUGAUUUUGAGGAAUGAAACCGACAAAAAGACAGAUGAGAGGCCUACUGAGGCCCAAACUAUUGACAUUGAUAGAAGAUUUUCUGACUUGGAAAGCAACAUCAACAAAGUCUGUGAACGAUUUGUUCAAAAACUUUGAACAAAAGCAGGAUGCCAUUCAGAAAAUGCUUGUGGAUGAGAGAGAGAGAUUUAAAGACCAGGAAGUUGUGGCAGCUCCGGUCAAAUCUCAGAGAGGACAAGAUGAACAGAAGCUCAAGCCCCAGCAAUCUCCAUUGUUUCAGGGCUGGGGAGAGAAUCUAUCGGAUGAGGAUCAGGAGGAGGCACAGGCUUUGUUUGAGAAAUAUGGCUACAAUGUUUUCCUCAGCGAUCGUCUGCCUCUCAACCGAGAGCUACCAGAGACACGUGAAUCCAAAUGUUUGCAGAAGAAAUACCCCAAGGACCUUCCUAGUAUUGCUGUGGUAUUGAUCUACCUGGACGAGGCCCUGUCUAUCAUUAAACGGGCCAUCCGCAGCAUCAUCGACCGAACCCCUGAACACCUGCUGAGAGAAAUCAUUCUGGUGGACGACCACAGCUCCAAUGAUGACCUGAAGGGGGACCUGGAUGUCUAUGUCAAAUCCAUUGAGGCGCAGAAUCCUUUGUUUCGCAUGGUCAGAGUGAGACAUGUUGAAUCACUGGGUUUAACUCAAGCUCGCAUCUCUGGGUGGAGAGCUGCUACUGCGGAUGUGGUUGCCAUUCUAGACGCUCACAUUGAGGUCCACAAGGAGUGGGCGGAGCCUCUGUUGACUCGUAUCAAGGCAGACCGGACAGUGGUGGUCUCCCCUGUGUUUGACAGGGUGAAUUACUAUGACCUGGAUGUUGUCCAUUACGUCCCAGCGGCCCAUGCUUUUGACUGGGCUCUAUGGUGUAUGUAUGAGUCCUUCAGGCCGGAGUGGUACCAUCUCAACGACACAUCACUGCCAGGAAAGAGUCCCUCUGUCAUGGGAAUCAUGGUGGUGGACAGGAAAUUCCUGGGUGAAAUCGGUGCCCUAGAUGGUGGAAUGAAAGUGUAUGGAGGUGAAAAUGUCGAGCUAGGUGUGCGGGUGUGGCUGUGUGGAGGAAGCAUAGAGGUAGUGCCUUGUUCUAAGAUCGCCCACAUUGAGAGGAACCACAAGCCUUACGCACCUGACCUGAGCAUGUCCAUGAAGAGGAAUGCACUGAGGGCAGCAGAGAUCUGGAUGGAUGAGUACAAACAUAAUGUCAAUAUUGCCUGGAACAUUCCAAUUAAGGAUCAUGGAAUAGAUAUUGGUGAUGUGUCAGAGAGAAAGGAGCUCAGAGAAAAGCUGAAAUGUAAGCCCUUCAAGUGGUACCUGGAAAAUAUUUAUCCUCAGUUGGACACAUGGGACAAUAUACUGGCCUAUGGAGGGAUGAAGAACUUGGAUGCAAACAUAUGUAUAGAUCAAGGACUUUUUCCUGGUCAUACACCCAUAGCCUUCGACUGCUUCAACUAUGGCCCACAGCACACAUACUACCACAGUAAUGGCGAGCUUUACAUUGGUGGCCUAAAGUCCCACAAGUACAAUGACAACAGGUGUUUGGCUGACAGUGGGGAAGACACUUUUCCUGAUCUGUAUGACUGUAACGAGGCCGUGCAGAAGGGCAUGGGCAUUCACUGGGACUUCACGCAGGGCAAGGAACUCAAGAACAGACAAACAAAAAGAUGCUUAGAAAUACAAAAACAGAAACUUGUGGUCCAGAAAUGCACUGGCCAGAAAUGGGAAAUUCAAAACAUCAUCAAGCCCUUCUAAUGGACCAGCAUUGAGGAGAUUCAUGUUUGCCUCUAGACUAAACCACAUUUUAUGUUUGCUAUUCUGUUCUAUGGGUCACUUUGGACUACUAACCUAAAUGUGGCAUAUGCCUAUGCAUUGAUAUAACAGUGCUUAUUUAAUUUUGUUGAAAGGGAAAUGUGCCUUUCUGUCCUUGAUAUGGAUUGCCAUAAAUAAAAUUAGUUGUAAAAAAUA